AUGACUAUGCGAUGGACGUAUGCACCGGAACGAUUUGAUUUUAUUCAUAUUCGCGAGCUAUUUGGCUCUAUCCCGGACUGGGAUGAUUUAUUCAGACAAUUCUAUCGCGCAUUGAAGCCCGGCGGCUAUAUUGAAGUCGUCGAGCAUUCGGUCCGCCCGGUAGUCGACGAUGCCACAAUGCCCCCCGAUCAUUUCUACCGAACAUGGGGGAAGACCGUUAUCAAAGCCGGAGAACGAUUUGGCAAGAGUUUUUCCAUCUGGAAAGAAAGUGCCGACCGGUUGAAAAAGGCCGGGUUUGAAAAUGUGGUAGAGAAUUCGCAUAAAUGGCCCAUGAAUGGUAGGUGGGGUGAUGACCCGAAGCUACAUGAGCUGAGACGAUGGAAUCAAUUUCGACUCAAUGGAGGAAUCGAAGGAUUCAUGCUUCGGCUUUUGACCUCAACACUAGAGUGA